AUGGCUACCUCUCCAAAGUACAGGCCAGUGUCGAUAACACGCUUCCCAUCAGGAGGCCAAACCUCAACCUCUUCAAGGCGCUACACACACCGCAGACUCAUCAUCCUCCUCGCCUUUGCCCUCCUCGUCAGUUCAGGAACUAUGCUCGUCUUCCAUGCCGUUACAGGAUCCUUCUCUCUUUCCUCCUCAACUCGCUUAACAGGCCCAGGCUGCAGAAAGGACGCCGAGUUCUCGAUUAUCCGUUGGGGAACCAACAAGAACAGCCGCAACAGCAACAACAAUGGCAACUACAGGCAGGAUCCUGAGCGCCAUAACAACAACAACGAUAACAAUGGCGCUGGAAGCCCUUGGAUCAACGACAACGACCAACCCUCUAACGAAUAUGCACGACCAAGGCAGGCCCUUCCCAAGCUCAAUGAUGAACAUGAUAUCCAACUGCCACAGGAUGAACAGCAGCAACAACAGAUUGUGAACCGUCCACGCGAGCCCCUUGUUCAGGAGAACAGUAGCAACAACUCUGCAGAUGUAACAACCCCUGAUGAAGAAGGAGUUGCAGUGGACGAGGACGAGAGUUCAGAGGAGGUAGAAGAGUACCCUCCCUUCGAGGAAUCUCUCGACGCCAGCGACAGCACCCAGUACAUCACCUACCUCCCCUACGCCGGCAUCACCAACCAGUUCUACGGUAUGCUUCGUGGUAUGGAGGUCGCCAAGGCCCUCGGCCGCACGUUGAUUAUUCCUCCCAUCACUGCUUCAUCGCACGACAAGUCCAAACAGAACCAACCCUGGUCAAGGUUCCUCGACCUAGACCACUUCCAGGAAUUAACAGGCGCGAAGGUGGUCGAGUUCCACAAGCUGAGGAACGUUGAGCAGGCCGAGUUCAACCAGUUGCAGUGCCGCAUCACCUGCGGCUUUGGAUCCAAGCGUACCAUCGACUUUACAGCCAAGGGAUUCCUCAAGCAGUGGAACCUCAAUGUCACCCUCAGCGCUCUUUCUAUCGACGCCACCAAGAUCGACACCAUCACCAAGGCCCUAGUUCCACACCGCCGCGACAAGUACAUCUGCAUCUCCAACACCUACAAGGUCUCUGUCCCCGACAAGUCUGAGUGGGAGCGUUUCGGUCAACAUCUGCACUUCACCCAGGAGCUUGAGGACUUUGUGCAGGCAUAUCUGGACAAGAACCUGGAGAAGUCCGAGGCAGUGUACAACCCCAAGACGAGGACGACAAUCGUGCCGACCCAAAAGUACAUCGCCAUCCAUGCUCGUCGCGGAGAUUUCGCUCAGUACUGCCAGGACAACUUCAAGGGACCCAAGAUGAUCCACUGCCUGCCCUCGACCGAAGACUUUGCUGCAAGGAUUGAUGUGAUCCAGGCUAGACUCAACCCUACAGGGUCGUUGAAGGGCAUCCUCCCUGUGUUUGUCGCUACUAACGAGCGCCGGCCAGAGGAACUCAAGAAGUUUGCAGAUCUUGGCUGGAGCUACCUGGACCACGACCUCAUGGGCACUGCCGACCAGCUCGGUGUCUUUGGACCCAUGAUGGUUGAUCAAGUGUUCAUGGCUCACGCUCAGGCCCUUGUCGGUAUUCAGAUGAGUACCUUUUCCAGAGUCGGAGCCUUGCGGCAACGGGACUGGCACAACCGCAAGAUGGAAUACCUCUAG